UGGUUUACCAGACUUCAUAUAGAAACGGAAGAUAUUUUACAUAUCCAGUGCUCACAAAAUUUCAUAAUCUAAACUCUAAACACAAACCAAAACACUGCUGGUUCCGUUGCUCUCUUUCGGCAAAGAUCAGAAAUAUGGCUGAAGGUGUUGUUACAGUUGUGGCUGAAGGGAUCAAGCCCCUUGGAGAGUUCAUCAUUCAGCAAGCGAAAUUCUUGAGUGGAGUCAGCAAUCAAAUUGAGCUUGCGCAGAACGAGCUACACUUGAUCCGGGGAUUUCUAAAAGACGCAGAUAUGAAGCAACAAGAUGAAGAACUAGUACGCAAUUGUGUUGAACUUAUCAGAGAUGCUGCUUAUGACUUGGAGGAUGUCAUUGAAUCUUUUUACUUGAAAGUGGCUUCCAGGAGGAGAGGAGGUACUGUGAAGAGGAUUGUUCUCAAAAGGUUUGCCUGCAUCUUUAAUGAAGGACUUAAUCGAUACAAGAUUGGGUCCGAAAUUGAGCAUAUUAUGGCCAAACUUUCUCAUCUGAGGUCGAAUUUGCAGAGUUAUAACAUAAGACAAAUAAGUGGGGGUGAAAGUGUGGCUUCAGCUUUUAAGAGGCAACAAGAUAGGAGGCGAACUUACGCUCAUGAAGUUGAAAGUCAUAUUGUUGUUGGGUUGGAGGAAAUUACGGGAACACUGGUGAAAAAGUUGGUGAGAGAAGGAAAGCGUCAUCUAGUUGUUUCUAUUUGGGGGAUGGGCGGCUCCGGAAAAACCACUCUUGCAAAACAGGUUUUUCGUCAAAAUGAAAUUAAGCGUCAUUUUGAUUGUUUUGCUUGGGUCUGUAUAUCUCAACAAUGGGAAGGAAAGGUUGUAUUGGAAGAGAUUUUAAUCAAACUCACUUCCCCAUCAACAGAGAAAAGGAAAGAAAUUUCCAAAAUGAAAAUGGAUGAAAUAGCAGAGGAGGUCUGUAGUAUCCAACGAGAAAAGAGAUGUUUGGUGGUCCUUGAUGACAUAUGGACUCAAGAGGCUUGGAAUUCGAUAAAAGCUGGAUUCCCAAUCAAUGAGAAAACAGAGAGCCGGAUAUUACUCACUACUCGCAAGAAAGAAGUCGCCUUGCUUGCAUCCAAAAAUGAUCAUCUCCACCAACCUCAGCAACUAGAUGACAACCAGUGCUGGGAACUGUUUGAAAAGAUAGCCAUCUGUGGAAGCGACAAAACAGACUUGGAAAUUGAUGCAGAGAAGAGAAAAUUAGGAGAGGAGAUGCUUAAACAUUGUUCAGGUCUACCAUUAGCCAUCACUGUGCUCGCUGGUCUUCUUAGUAGACGAGAGACGGUUGAUGAAUGGAAGACAGUACUUGGAAAUGUUAAUGUAUGCAUAAUGAGAGGCACAAAUGUCCCUGAAAGAGAAAAGACAAGUCAGGAGUGUGGUGUUUCAGGUGUCUUGGCAUUGAGUUAUGAUGACUUACCAUCUCACUUGAAACUCUGCUUUCUGUAUUUAGCCCAAUAUCCUGAGGAUCAUGAGAUACAGGUAACAAGAUUGACUCAAUUAUGGAUUGCGGAAGGGUUUAUACCUUCAACAUCAGAAAUACAUGGUUCAAUUGAAUUAAUGGAAGAUGUAUCAUAUGGUUGCCUAACUGAACUGGUGCAAAGAUCUAUGGUUCAAGUUGGAAUAUAUGGUUUUAGUGGGAAGGUGAAAAGUUGCCGUCUCCAUGAUCUUAUGCGGGACUUGUGCUUGCAAAAGGCAAAAGAGGAGAACUUUCUCGGUAUUGUUAACUUUUCUGUUGGUCCGGUAUCUAAUGCAACAGUGAUUGGUAAGGUUCGAAGACUUGCCCUCUAUUUGGAUGAAAAUGUUAAAUAUGAGUUCAGUAGUGAGAAUGGAAGAGAUGGCCACAUUAGGUCUCUAUUAUACUUUGCCCCAAAAGAGUUCAAGCAAAAGUGGAACAAAAGAAUAAUACGAUCAGUAUUCAAUGACUUCAAAUUGCUUAGAGUCUUGAAGAUUGAAAAUAUAUCUAGAGGUUUUGAGUUACCAAAGACGAUUGGGAAUCUAGUCCACUUGAGGUUUCUGAGUCUGAAGGGUAGUGCAUAUCGUGCCUUGCCAUCAUCUGUAUCUAAUCUGGUACUUUUGCAAACUCUAGAUCUGCGUGGUGGUUUUAUAAGCAGGGAUACCAAAAUCAGAAAUGUGUUUUGGAAUAUGAAGCAACUGAGGCAUUUGUAUUUACCUCAUUUUAUAUAUGGGUACAGUGUCAGUGGAAAACUGUCAUUUGCAAGGUUGUGCAAUUUGCAGACGUUGGCCAAUUUUUCAAUUAGGAAGUGUGAUUUGAAUGAUCUUGUUCAAUUAAGCAAUCUGAAGAAACUAAGCAUAUUGCCAACAGGGUCUGGUAAGUUGGAAAAGCUGAAGGACAUGUUGAUAUCAAGGAAUAGAACAUAUAAACAUCUUCGGUCUCUAUCUCUGGAGGUAAUCGGAUCUGGUGAUGGGGAUAUUAUACCAAGUGAUAUAGUAUUAAGGUGUCCUCAUUUAUACAAGCUGCGACUUUGGGGGGAAAUGACAGCGUUACCGAAAGAGCUCCCAAACCUCGCCAAGUUAACGCUGAUAAAAACAAAACUGAAGGGUGAUCAGAUUGAAAUACUGGAAAAGCUGCCCAACUUAAGGGUGCUUUACCUCGGUUGGUGUUCUUUCGAAUCAGAAACAAUGGUUUUCUCCCAAGGAGGCUUUCCUCAUCUGGAAUUUCUUACCCUUCAUUACUUGCGUGAUUUGAAGGAGUGGAGGGUGGAGAAAGAAGCCAUGCCUUGUCUUCAGAGAUUGCACAUUGUAGAGUGCUACGGCUUGCAGGCGCUUGCAGAUGGGCUUCAGGAGAUUACUACCCUCAAGGAAUUAACAAUUGACGAGAUGCCCAGUAGAUUCUGCAGUAGGGUUGGGGAAGGAGGAGAGGAUUUCUACAAAAUCAAACAUGUGCCUUCUCGUAUAAUCACAAAUAUUCAACGCGACUACGAAAUGGAGGAAGCAGCAGUGACCCUGAUCAGGAAUUAACUGUGGAUGCUCCUCCUCCUCCUCCUCUCGAUGAGAAAACAGAGGAAAUACAAGCUGCAUCCCCUCCUAACCACCUCAGUUGAAUCCACAAACCUUUGGGCUAGCCGGCCCGUUCUAUGUUCUUUGGGCUUUAUCCUAUAUGGCCCGCCUAUAAUUCUUUUCCACCUAAUUCUUCCUUCGACGCCCUUUCCCUCUCUCUUCCUCGUUCCUGUCUGCUAGCUUUUAGUGGUGGCUGAAGCUAAAGGAUGGAUUUAGCUGAAGAAGAAAUUACUGAGGCUUUAUCGAGUUCGAAAAACAGUGAUGCAUAUGCUCAAAGAUCGGGAUUAUCUAAUUGUAGAUCAUGAUCUCAACAUGACAAUGUUGCCGUUUCAAAACAAAUAUGGAGAGAACAUGUAAAGGGAUGACCUUACUAUCAAUAGAAGGAAGUGAGGUCACGAUUCUGAUCAGAUUUAUGUGUUUUUCCCUGAUGAACCAAAAAUAGGGGUCAAGACAAUCAAGAAUUACAUCAAACGCUUGGUUCAGGAGGAUACAGACAAAGCCAUCGUGCUUAUUCAACAACAUCUGACUCCCUUUGGAAAGCGCUUCAUAAGUGAUAUGAGAUCAAAGUACUACUUGGAGGUUUUCCAGGAGGCAGAAUUGUUGGUUCAAGAACAUGUUCUAGUUCCUGAGCAUAAGGAUCUUAAAAAUGAGGAAAAGAAGACAUUGCUGGAGAGGUUUCGACUAUCAAGGUGAUGAUUUCAAGGCCUUAGUCUAUGAGUUCAUAGGCUAAUAGUAGCUUAGAGGAAUGGUUGCAUCCACUUCAAAUAAUUGGUCUGACAAAUGAGAGACGAACGAGUUUAAUGUUUUCUCAGAGGUUGAACAUUGCUAUUGACGUUUCUAUGGCAUUGGAUUAUCUCCAUAAUCAUUGUGAAACCUCAAUAGUUCACUGUGAUCUCAAGCCUAGCAAUGUUCUCGAUGAUGAUAUGGUCGGGCAUGUUGGUGAUUUUGGCUUGGUAAGAUUCCUUCCCAGAACUUCUGGAAAUCAAUCAAGCUCUGUCGGAAUUAAAGGAACAAUUGGUUAUGCUCCUCCAGAGUAUGGUAUGGGCAAUGAAGUUUGGACACAAUGGAGAUGUGUACAGUUUUGGCAUCCUGCUGUUGGAAAUGUUCACAGGAAGAAGACCAACAGAUAACAUGUUCCAGGGAAAACUUUAAACCUUCAUAGCUUUGUCAGAAAAGCUCUGCCUAAGCAAGUCGAAGACAGCUUCAUUUCAAUUUUAGAAGUUGGUGUUGCUUGUUCUGCAGAGCUGCCUGCCUGCCUAGCGAACGGUUGACCAUUAGUGAUGCUAUGGCUGAGAUGUGUCGGAUAAGAAACAAACUUCAUACAUCUAGUAUGUGAAAAGCUGUGUAUUGUGCAGCUAAGCUAAGCAAAUCGAGGUUGCAAUAGCAGCAGUUUCUUUUGAUGGCUUGCAUGCCGACCUACUGGUGUUGCAUUUUGGUUGCCUGUCUGUAACUUUGAAUCUUUUUGUGUGUGUCUGGAUUUUAAGACCUGGAGCUAUUUGCGUGCUUCUUUUUUCCUUUCUUUUCUAUUUCUUUCAAUUUUGUUGUUGA